UGUAUGUUCUUGUUAACUCUAAUCUUCCAUUUAUUCAUCCGUAAGUGAUUAGGGAGUGACUAGGAUUAGACAGUUGUUCAAGGGAAACAUCCAGCACAGUGCACAAUUUUACUGGUUCACAGUAAAUUGAGUGUUAGUUUCUGGAUCCUGAGGUUGCUACUGGUCUCUACUUCCAAUUCCUGACACCCACCCUCAGGAAGAGCCACCAGUUUUGCUGGGCAGGACAGCAUCAAUCUUGUGGGGUGGCAGAAAGGGAGCCCACACCUCUUCCUACUGCCUUCACCCCCUGGAGCUGGUGGAGAAUGAGACCCAGGAAGAUAUUCCUUCCAUUCCUGUCUUCCAGGAGAACCUCAGAGCAGAUGCCAUGGAGGAGUACGAUUACGAUUACUCAGAUCCCAUGCUCUUCAACACCUCUAGUGACAGUAGCAAGGUGCAUGAGGGCUUCCUGCAGUUCAGAAAGAUCUUCCUGCCCUGUGUGUAUGCGGCAGUGUUCAUCUCUGGCCUGGUGGGGAACUCCCUGGUGCUGGUCGUGUACAUUUUCUACCAGAAGCUGAAGAGCCUGACAGAUGUAUUCUUGGUGAACCUGCCCCUGGCUGACCUAGUGUUUGUCUGCACUCUGCCCUUCUGGGCCUAUGCAGGCUUCCAUGAGUGGGUCUUCGGCCAGGUCAUGUGCAAGAUCCUCCGGGGCAUAUACACGAUUAACUUCUACACGUCCAUGCUCACCCUCACCUGCAUCACCGUGGAUCGCUUCAUCGCUGUGGUUCAGGCCACCAAGGCCUAUAACCAGCAGGCCAAGCGGAUGACCUGUGGCAAGGUCAUCUGCUUGAUUAUCUGGGUAGUCUCCCUGCUGGUUUCCUUGCCACAGAUCAUCUAUAGCAAUGUCCUACAUCUCGACAAGGUCAUCUGCGGCUACCAUGAUGAAGAGAUUUCCACCAUGGUUCUUGCCUCCCAGAUGUCUCUGGGGUUCUUCCUGCCACUGCUUGCCAUGAUCAUUUGCUACUCCAUCAUCAUCAAGACUCUGCUUCAUGCUCGAGGUUUCCGGAAGCACAAAUCUCUAAAGAUCAUCUUCCUCGUGGUGGCCGUGUUCCUACUCACCCAGACACCCUUCAAUCUUGUCAAGCUCAUUCGCAGUACGAGCUGGGAGUACUAUACCAUGACCAGCUUUGACUAUGCCAUCCUGGUGACAGAGGCCAUUGCAUACCUGCGGGCCUGCCUUAACCCUGUGCUCUAUGCCUUCGUUGGCCUCAAGUUUCAGAAGAACUUCCGGAAACUUGUGAAGGAUAUUGGCUGUCUCCCUUGCCUGAGAGUCUCAAGUCAGUGGAAGUCUUCUGAGGACAGUUCCAAGAGUUUUUCUACCUCUCACAAUGUAGAGGCCAUCAGCAUGUUCUAGCUGUUGGCCUUGCUGGACCUGGAGAAACUGCUCUGGAAUUGGCAGGAGCGUGGCUACGUCCUCUGGAACUGAUGAGGGAGGCUUUGUUUAUGGCAUCUGCAUUCUCACGGAGAAGACAUCAGACAUGGUGGCUGGCAUGCAAUGCUUUGUAGACAUGGACAUACCCUGCUCUCUUCUUAAGACCCAGGCCUGAUGCUCAAAGUGUGUGUAUGUGUGUGUGUGGGGGGGGGGCUACAAUUUUUAAGGACUUCUUCAUCCCCAAGAACACUGAAGCCAAGGGGAUGAGGAUCUUAGGAUCUCAGGUUUGUCAUUAUUGUGACUGGGGCUGAUGGCUGAAGAGGGAGCACAGACAACAAAGCUGUUGGUGGAAGGUGAUGUGCUGGCUCCCAAGUACAGAAGACUCUUCUGACCACUAGGCAAGGAGUGGAGAUGGGAGUGGCCUUGAAGACAAGUGAGGUCUAUGUGGCUCAGACCUCAAUUACCAGGCACCGAACAGGAAUGAGGACAAUGUCUGCCACACCUUAGGUUUUGACUUUUGCAUAAGUGAUGCUAAGGUUCUCUCUGACUAAUCCUGGGAGGACCAGCCCUGGAGACUGUAUGUGGACCCAAACAAAUUAGAGUUGGCUGAAAUUCCACUGGUCCAUGAACAUGCUAGAAGGUGCAAAACAGCUUAAGACUAGAACAAAUUUAAGCAUCAUUUUUGGAGUGGAUCCUUCAGUGGCUCCACUCAUUUUAAAAAGGGAAUUUAUCAAAGACCUGCCACAUGCACAUAUACAAAUGUGAACGCACACACCCACACAUCA